CCGACUGCGAAGAAGGGUUUAGAUUUUUCAUAUUUUUAGUAAAUAAAGUUAAACCAUUAUUUAGUUAGGAUGAAAUAAUCGAUCCUUUUGUGUGGAAGUAAGAUGUAAGGGGAGUCAAUUAGUCACUUCAAAAGAUAUAUUUACUAACGAAUCAAUUUCUCUGCAGUAAUAUUUUUUUUUUACUAGACAAGUAUACAACAAGGAAAAUGUCGAAAAAAGUAUUGGAGCCGAGGGCCAAAGCGGGCGUUAGCUCAGAAAAUGUUAGCGAGACCACUCCGUUGGUGGGCAAGAAGGGCGAGGGUGAUGAAGAAGGUCGGGGUUUGACGACGCAGCAGACUGCCAUCCUCAUCGCCGGGGAGAUGGCUGGCAGCGGGGUGCUGGCACUGCCCCGAGCUCUCUCAAAGACUGGAUGGUUUGGAGUACCGUUGUUGCUGUUGGUGGCCUUAGUGGCAGCAUUCAGCGGCAAGCGGUUGGGAGACUGCUGGUCUAUCCUGGAGGCCAGGGACCCAGAGAUGAGGACCCGCAAGCGAAACCCUUACGCUAUCAUCGUAGAACAGGCCCUUGGCAAGCCAUGGAGUGUGGUGGUAUCAAUGGCGAUGAUCGUGACUCUCUUCGGCGCAUCGGUGGUGUACCUGCUGCUGGCUGCUCAGAUCAUCGAGGCAGUACUCCUGUCCCUCGUCCCUACCCUCACCAUCUGUACUUGGUACCUCAUCGUUGUUGGCGCCAUGACACCGCUGUUGUUCUUCGGCACACCCAAAGACUUCCACCUGAUGGGCAUCCUUGCAUUCGGAUCUUCGCUGGUGGCCUGCAUCCUGUACUUCAUCGAGAUGAUGAACGAGGUCUCGCCGUUCACGUACCGCUACGGCAUCCACGGUUUCAUGGACUUCUUCCUGGCGACCGGCACCAUGAUGUUCGCCUUCGGUGGAGCCUCCACAUUCCCGACCAUUCAGAACGACAUGGCCGACAAGACCAAGUUUGGAAAGAGCGUACAAUAUGGAUUUUUGGCUGUCUUGAUCCUGUACCUGUUGGUGGCUAUCGCUGGUUACGCGGUGUACGGAGAGCGCGUACUGCCCAACGUGGCUCUCUCCAUGUCCGCCACCCCCCUCACGCUGGCUGCCAACAUUCUGAUGGCCGUGCAUCUGCUGUCCGCCUUCAUCAUCAUCAUCAACCCCGUCUGCCAGGAGGUUGAAGAGCUCUACAAUGUCCCCAGAGACUCCACCGGUUGGCGUAUGGUCGUCCGUGUAUCCAUCAUGCUCGGGAUCCUGUUCAUCGGCGAGAGCAUUCCUCGUUUCUAUACUCUGUUGGCGCUCGUCGGAGCUACGACCAUCGCCCUCCUCACCUACAUCCUGCCUUCCGUCUGCUACUUGAAGCUUAUCGGCCAGCCCGCCGGGGAAGGACAAACCCCUGUCGAGGUGCCCAGCUGGAUGAAGAUGGUAUGCUACGAGGUGAUCGCGCUCGGCGUAGUGGGCUGUAUCGCGGCCACCAUCAGUGCAGUCAGUGCCAUCUUCAGCACUUCCAUGGCUGUGCCCUGCUACCUGUGAUACUGCACAGCUUUUACUUACACGUCUAUAGGCCUCCUUAUACAUAUAAAUACUAGUUGCUUUACAUCACUUCUACGUCAGAAAUACUUGGGAUUUAGUCCUUCAUGUCUAGUUAGCAACUGUCUUAUAGAUUGUUAAAGAUACGAUAUCUGAUAGACAAAAUAAUUCAUGUCCCAACAGCUUGAUAUUCUAUAGGAUCCUAUGGAUAAGCCAUAAAAACCAGAAGUUUAAGUCAGCUUCUUAUAUAGAUAUAAGAGUUUAAGUUUUACAUAGGACUUUAAUAAGCAUCGACAUUAAUGGGUACAACAUACAUAACAUUUUAUUAUUAGGUACCAAUAUCGAUAUUUUUGUUACAAUUCUAACAAAAGCCGUACACGCUAGAUGUACUAAAUAUUUUUAUUUUUUAACUAUGAAAAAUACCCGUCAAUAAUUACUUAAGAUUAUGAUAAGCUUCUAUUUUGUAUUGUACUUGAUUACACGAAUAAAAUGUUCUGAUACGCAAAUGUUCUGCUAUUUCAUCAAGACACGUUGAGUGCAUAUUGUGAGCCGCACGUAUUCGUACCGAUUCGCAUUUAUUAUUACGCUACACACCACAGGUUGAGGUGCAGAGUAUAAUGUCAUACAAUCAUGCUGUACCAUAACGCCCUCUUCUAUGAGAUCCAGAGAAGCAUUGUCACGCGUAAAUUAAACCUUAUUUUCCGUUUUGUUACGCUUCAGAAUGCAACAAAUCAUCAAAGUUCAAAUAAACGGUUUAAGUUAAGUUUAA